AUGACUGCUGUACUAAGAUCUACGAAUUUCUUAAGCUUUAAGAUUUCUGCUGAUAAAACUGUCCAUGCCUAUUUUAAGAACGUAGAGGCCAGGUACUGGCAAUUGAAGCAUUACCUAAGCUUUCGUUUGAAAUCUGACGAAAUAAUCUUACCGUGGAAUACCGUAUAUGACGAUUGGAGACUAUCACUCGUUUAUAUUUUCAAGGACUACUCUAAAAUAGUUCCAAGCUCUCUAUCUGCUUUUUGUAAAGAUUUAUAUAAUAUUUGUGACACGUUUGAAGGCAACGUCGUACGGGAAACUUGUGAAAAUUUGUAUAAUGAAUUUUACGAACUGAACCUCGACGUGCAAAUUAACGAAAGAAUCCGUCAAAUUGAUUCCACUGUGUUUUCGGAACAUAAAAUUUCGGAAGUAUUACGAAUGUCAUCAAAUAAAAAGCGAUCUGUGGAAUGUAAUGAAGCAGAAUCUUCCAAUGGAAAACGAACUCGGCAUGUCGCACCCGAAUCAGAAAUUGAUCAUGAAGAAUGUGAAUAUGAAAAUAAACUGAAUCUUUCGAAUGAAGAGUCCAGCUUAUGUAACAGCCAAGAAGAAAGUGUUGAGUACGAUGUGGAAGAAAUAAGAAAUCUGUUAAAUGAAUCAGAGACAUGUUCACAGGAGAUGAACAAAAUUUUAUCCAGUUUUCGAACGUACCAACAUGAAACCAGGAAUAUCCUUUCGGAAAAUGGGAUAAUGGACUUGAGUCCGACAUCAGAAUUUGUUCUUCUAUAUACAGAAGAAGUUGAUUAUGAUAAAUUGAUAAAAGAAAAUUUUGAAUCGAUCGACAAGAUGUUUCCAGAAAAAGCGCAUGAAUUCCUAACAGAUUUCUUUUCAGAGAAUUUGAACGAAGAUCAGUGGGAAGAGAAACUUGAAAAUUUGAUGGAAAAUAAAGGAAGCCCAGAAGAAUUUUUUCAGCAGUCCGGAGAGAAUCCAAGACAGGAUAAAUUUAUUACGAAGUUAAAAAUAUUCAUGUUAGAAACAUUACCAACAUUUUUUGACGCCUAUAAACUGAUGUCAGAAAAUCCGCUUAAGAAUCGUGAAAUGGCAGAAGAAGAAUAUAUGUAUACCUUCGUUCAUCCUAUCUUAAAGAAAGCCCUCAUUCGAUUUUCUGGAAUCCGAUAUGCCAUUAAAGCUUCCGCUUAUCGAAAAACUAUAAUGAAUCAAGAUGGUAAAGCAGAUCGUGCAGAUGGCAUUGCGUAUACAUCGAAUCAGCAAAAUUCGUAUGAGAUCUCCGUUGUUGAAGGCAGUAGAUCAUAUGUUACUGAAAGGAACAAAGAAACAAAUGAUUUCAUUCAAAAUGCCAGAGCAGCGAAAGACAUGAUUAACUUUGCAGUAACACAAGAGGUAUUGCAUAAACGGGCACUACCAUCAUACUUUCGUACGUUCAUGGUUCAGGUUUUUGAGUUUAAUCUACGAUUUUAUUUCAUGGACUAUCUCGUCCAGUAUUGUAUUUUUGAGAUUGAAACGUGUGAAAUACCUACUGAUUGGAAGGAGACCCUUCAGUUUACCUCUUUUUACAGGGCAAUUGUGACAUGGGCGUUAUUAGUUGGAGAAGCCGAUAAAAAAUUUCAACAAUCCAGAAAUAAAAGGAGCUCUCGUUUAAGUAACUGCCAUAAUAUUCGAAAAGUGUUAAAACUUUCGCAUAAUAAAGCUCGGGAAGGCAAAAAAAAGGAUAUGACGAAGACUAAGCUUAUCUGA